AAUUAUAAUAUUUUUAAAACGGUUAAGAAUAAGUAAAACGUUUUAUUUAAAAAAUUGUUAUUAUUCAGUCCAACUUGAACUCGAAUUGAAUAAGUACAUUAUUAUGAAAAUAAACCAUAAUUCAAAGUUGAAACAUGAGAAAAUAGUAAGGAAAACGCUACUUGCAUUUUUACAACUUAUAUAAAUUAUUACUCGCGCUUACAAUUUGCAUCACUUGAAAUAUCUUUUCGUUCAAUCAAUCGUAUAAUAGCUUUUACUUUUAGCAAAUAGGUCAAUUAAUGGUGACUUUCACUGUCUGAUAUAUAAAGUACCUGAAAUUUGGCAAACGAGAAAAUUGUUUCGUCACUCUGAAAGAAUGAAAAAGGUGAGAGGGCGAUUGUGUUUUGUGCUACUGGGCCUCCUUGCAGCCAUCAAUGCGCCCCAUGCAGCGCAAAUUGACGUUGUGUCAAAUGGUUUAAUUGGGUCCGACGAUUAUAAAUUGCUGCAGCAGCAAAUCCAAGCUCUGACCACGCAGGCAAAACUUUCAGACGUGCUUAUCAAACAGCUGCUCGAAAAAAUGUACAAAAUGGCGGACGAGGUAACGACCCUGAAGCAACAACGGACAGCGGUGCCCAACACCGAUGACGCCAUCGACCUGGAAGAUUGCAAUUCCAAAGUUUCGCUAAUGGAAGAGAAGGUUGAUCAGUUAAACCUUCAGGAAAAUACUUUGAAUGAGGAAAUUUCAAAAAUAAGGGAAAAAAUUUUCCAAAAGACAGACGUAUACGACCUUUGGCUGAUAGGCGGUAAAAUAGCCGAUAGGCAGCUUGCCGUAGCAUGCCAAGAAACAUUUUGGGAAUUUAAAAUUUCAGUCAACUGCACACUUGCAGGUUUGCAUUCCCCAAAAUUGAAGCAGUUGGCCAACGGAAAAAAAUAUUUUUUUUCUAAUCAAACUGUAGCAAACUGGACUGAGGCGGACGAAAAGUGCAAGGGGAUGGGUUUUCACCUGGCCACAAUCAGGGACGAAGCCGACUUGGACGCGACCUUGGAUGAAGCUAUUAAACGGAAGAACGGUACUUUUUGGAGAUUGUCGGCCAAGAAAUAUGGUAGAUGGGUUUUUCUAUAUCACGACGGCUCAAUUGUCAAAAGGGAUGACAUUGACAUCCUAUAUUGGGUAAAAGCCGACGAGCUUGAUUGCCUCUGCCUCAGCGUAGGAUUGUCAACAAAAAUGGCUGGCUGUAAAUGCAGUUCAGACGCGCAUUUUAUUUGCGAAAUUCCGAGCGAAUGUUCAUAAGCAGAGCGGUUUGGAUUGCUAAAAAUCGGCAAACAUGCAAUUAUAAUAUGUUGGAUUUUCAUCACUAUUUCCACGCCCCUUAUGCAUUGUUUAAUUUUAUAGGUAUUUUAUAUGAAUUUUUAAUUAUCUUUAAAAUAUUUAAUAGUUAUUGCAAUUGUAUAUAUUCUAAUUCUAUAGCACUUGAAUUGGAA